ACAGAAUCCCUCCAUAUUUCUUCUCAACAAAGUAGAGGAUGUGACCUUUGCAAAAGAUCAUUCAAUAUACCUUAAGCACAGAAGUGACUAUAUUGUCUUUUUGGUGGAUGGUGAUGUCCACAGUUUCGAUCAUCCUACAUUGCAAGUCGAUUUUCUUUCAUAUAACGGAAAACUUUCAGUUGAAUAUUUGAUCAUAAAACCUUUGCUGGGAGUUCCGUCGAGUUUCGCGGUAAGUCGUGAGAAGUUUUGGAGAGAACAGGCGACAGUCACUGUGGGGCAUCGUGGACUGGGCCGAUCUUAUACAAAAUUCGCAUCUGUGCGUGAAAAUACUAUAGCAUCUUUUGAUGCCGCUGCGUCCUGCGGUGCUGACUUUGUCGAAUUCGAUGUUCAGCUUACGAAGGACCUUGUACCGAUUGUGUACCACGAUUUCUUCGUCUAUCUCAGCAACGUCAGCAAAGCAAGUAAGGAUAAGGACAGUGACAACAACUACGAUCUGCACCGGAUUCCGAUUAAAAGCCUGGAGCUGCGAGACCUACAAGAGUUAAAGGUAGGCCGAUUAAGCCAAACGAUUAUGCGAUCACGAUCCUCUCAGGUUACCUGCGAUGACGAUGUGAUUGCCAAAAAUCAGCCGUUUCCGACAUUAGCCGCCGUGUUACAAUCUGUAACACCGUCGCUGGGUUUCAACAUUGAAAUCAAGUAUCCGUUAAAGACAGUAGUGAGUGUUUUUCAGUAA